AUGGAGCUGGAGAACCAUGAACAGCCUGUGGUGCUGAGAGAGGACAACUGCCGCAGGCGCCGGAGGAUGAAGCCCCGCAGCACAGCGGCUAGCCUGUCCUCCAUGGAGCUCAUCCCCAUUGAGUUUGUGCUGCCCACCAGCCAACGCAACACCAAGACCCCCGAAACGGCGCUGCUGCAUGUGGCCGGCCAUGGCAACGUGGAGCAGAUGAAGGCCCAAGUGUGGCUGCGCGUGCUGGAGACCAGUGUGGCCGCCGACUUCUACCACCGGCUGGGCCCCGACCACUUCCUCCUGCUCUACCAGAAGAAAGGGCAGUGGUAUGAGAUCUAUGACAAGUACCAGGUGGUGCAGACCCUGGACUGCCUGCACUACUGGAAGGUGCUGCACCGGAGCCCCGGGCAGAUCCACCUGGUUCAGCGGCACUCGCCCUCAGAGGAGACGCUGGCCUUCCAGCGCCAGCUCACUGCCCUCAUCGGCUACGAUGUCACAGAUGUCAGCAACGUGCACGACGAUGAGCUGGAGUUCACACGCCGCCGCCUGGUCACCCCGCGUAUGGCCGAGGUGGCUGGCCGCGACCCCAAGCUCUACGCCAUGCACCCCUGGGUGACGUCUAAGCCUCUCCCGGAGUACCUGCUGAAGAAGAUCACCAACAACUGCGUCUUCAUCAUCAUUCACCGCAGUACCACCAGCCAGACCAUCAAGGUCUCGGCUGAUGAUACCCCGGGCACCAUCCUCCAGAGCUUCUUUACCAAAAUGGCCAAGAAGAAGUCCCUGAUGGAUAUUCCCGAGAGUCAGAGCGAACAGGACUUCGUGCUGCGUGUCUGCGGCCGCGAUGAGUACCUGGUAGGCGAGACGCCCAUCAAAAACUUUCAGUGGGUGCGGCAGUGCCUUAAAAAUGGUGAAGAGAUUCACCUGGUGCUUGACACUCCACCAGACCCAGCCCUGGACGAGGUGAGGAAGGAAGAGUGGCCGCUGGUGGAUGACUGCACCGGAGUCACUGGCUACCAUGAGCAGCUAACCAUCCACGGGAAGGACCAUGAGAGCGUGUUCACUGUGUCCCUGUGGGACUGUGACCGCAAGUUCAGGGUCAAGAUCAGGGGCAUCGAUAUCCCCGUCCUGCCCCGGAAUGCAGAUCUCACAGUUUUUGUGGAGGCAAAUAUCCAGUAUGGGCAGCAAGUCCUUUGCCAAAGAAGAACCAGCCCCAAACCCUUCACAGAGGAGGUGCUCUGGAAUGUGUGGCUUGAAUUCAGUAUCAAGAUCAAAGACUUACCCAAAGGGGCUCUGCUCAACCUCCAGAUCUACUGUGGCAAAGCGCCAGCUCUGUCUGGUAAGGCCUCUGCAGAGACUCCCAGUCCCGAGUCCAGAGGCAAAGCUCAGCUUCUCUACUACGUGAACUUGCUGCUCAUUGACCACCGAUUCCUCCUGCGCCACGGCGAGUAUGUGCUCCACAUGUGGCAGUUAUCUGGGAAGGGGGAAGACCAAGGGAGCUUCAAUGCAGACAAGCUCACGUCUGCCACCAACCCCGACAAGGAAAACUCAAUGUCCAUCUCCAUUCUCCUGGACAACUACUGUCACCCCAUAGCCUUGCCUAAGCAUCAGCCCACCCCUGACCCGGAAGGGGACCGCGUACGAGCAGAAAUGCCCAACCAACUUCGGAAGCAACUGGAGGCAAUCAUAGCUACUGAUCCACUUAACCCUCUCACUGCGGAAGACAAAGAAUUGCUUUGGCAUUUCAGAUAUGAAAGCCUUAAGGAUCCCAAAGCAUACCCUAAGCUCUUUAGCUCAGUGAAAUGGGGACAGCAAGAAAUUGUGGCCAAAACAUAUCAAUUGUUAGCCAGAAGGGAGGUCUGGGAUCAAAGUGCUUUGGAUGUUGGAUUAACGAUGCAACUCCUGGACUGCAACUUUUCAGAUGAAAACGUAAGAGCCAUUGCAGUUCAGAAACUGGAGAGCUUGGAAGACGAUGACGUUCUGCAUUACCUGCUCCAACUGGUCCAGGCUGUGAAAUUCGAACCAUACCAUGACAGUGCCCUUGCCAGAUUUCUGCUGAAGCGUGGUUUAAGAAACAAAAGAAUUGGUCACUUCUUGUUUUGGUUCUUGAGAAGUGAGAUUGCCCAGUCGAGACACUAUCAGCAGAGGUUUGCAGUGAUUCUGGAGGCCUACCUGAGGGGCUGUGGCACGGCCAUGCUACGAGACUUCACUCAACAAGUCCAAGUAAUCGACAUGCUACAAAAAGUCACCAUUGAUAUUAAAUCACUCUCUGCCGAAAAGUAUGACGUCAGCUCCCAAGUUAUUUUCCAACUAAAGCAAAAGCUUGAAAUCCUGCAGAAUUUGAAUCUCCCCCAAAGCUUUAGAGUUCCAUAUGACCCUGGACUGAAGGCAGGCGCACUGGUGAUUGAAAAAUGUAAAGUGAUGGCCUCUAAGAAAAAACCCCUGUGGCUUGAGUUUAAAUGUGCUGACCCUACAGCUCUAUCAAAUGAAACAAUUGGAAUUAUCUUUAAACACGGCGAUGAUCUACGCCAAGACAUGCUUAUUUUACAGAUUCUGCGAAUCAUGGAGUCCAUUUGGGAGACUGAAUCUUUGGACCUGUGCCUCCUGCCAUAUGGUUGCAUUUCAACUGGUGACAAGAUAGGAAUGAUUGAGAUUGUAAAAGAUGCUACAACGAUCGCCAAAAUUCAACAAAGCACAGUGGGCAACACGGGAGCCUUUAAAGAUGAAGUGCUGAGUCACUGGCUCAAAGAAAAAUGCCCUAUUGAAGAAAAGUUUCAGGCAGCAGUGGAGAGAUUUGUUUAUUCCUGUGCUGGCUACUGUGUGGCAACCUUUGUUCUUGGGAUAGGCGACAGACACAAUGACAAUAUUAUGAUCUCAGAGACAGGAAAUCUAUUUCAUAUUGACUUUGGGCACAUUCUUGGGAAUUAUAAAAGUUUCCUGGGCAUUAAUAAAGAGAGAGUGCCAUUCGUGCUAACUCCAGACUUCCUGUUUGUGAUGGGGACUUCUGGAAAGAAGACAAGUCUACACUUCCAGAAAUUUCAGGAUGUGUGCGUCAAGGCUUACCUAGCCCUUCGUCAUCACACAAAUCUACUGAUCAUUCUGUUCUCCAUGAUGCUGAUGACAGGAAUGCCCCAGUUAACCAGCAAAGAAGAUAUUGAAUACAUUCGGGAUGCCCUAACAGUAGGGAAGAGCGAGGAGGAUGCUAAAAAGUAUUUUCUGGAUCAGAUUGAAGUUUGCAGGGACAAAGGAUGGACUGUGCAGUUUAACUGGUUCCUACAUCUCGUUCUUGGCAUCAAACAAGGAGAGAAACAUUCAGCCUAA